AUGGAUAAUAAAUGUACUAUAACAAAGCUUCCUCAUCAUGUACAACAAAAAUUGUGUUAUACACGACCACCUUAUAGACAAGGGAAAAGAUUAACAUCUGUGAAGGUUUAUACAAUAAAUGAUGAAUCAAAACAUUUAAUGAUAUGUGGAGUGCCAAAACUCCAAUUAGGUGAAGAAUUGAAAAAACUUGUUGAACCUUAUGGUAAUAUUAAAAAACUACAUGUAGUACCUGAUUAUCCCACAGAAGAAUUUACAGAAGCAUAUUAUGUACUGUAUGUACGUAUACAAAGUGCAAGAAUAGCAAAACGAUUCAUUGAUGGCAAAAAUUUUUAUGGAGGUUCAUUACAUGUUUUUUAUGCACCUGAACUUGAAACUAUCUCAGAAACUAGAGCCAAACUUCUUCAACGUCAAAGAGAUGUAGCAAUACGUAUAAGAAAAAAUCAACAAGAUGUAAUGAAUCCAAAUAUUGAUAAAUUUAUUCCUAAAGAGCAGUAUAACCGAAAAAAGAGAACACCUGCUUUACCACUUACAGAAGAACGUCUCAAUCAACAGUAUCCUGGAGAAACAUUGUCUUCUAUUUAUGAUGGCAUACCACAAAAUCUAGAUCCAAGACCAGUAUGUGAACCUUGUUUACCUUCAACUUCAUCUGAAUAUCAAGAAAAUGAUACAUCUAUUUUAUUACAAACUCCUUAUCAUCUAACUGAAGCUAUUAUUAAAAUAAACAAAUCUAGAGAAAUUAUAUCAGAAUCAGAUUGUAUAAGAAAUAAAAGAAAAAAUUACAAAGGACAAUCUGUUAACAAUAAUGUUAAAGUUAGAAUUGUUAGACCACAACUUGUAGAUACAAGUACUAUAGUGAAAUGGGAUUCUACAAAUAAGAGUGUGUUUUCUAAACCAAAGAAGAUUCAAAGUAAUAUAACUAUUAAAUUAAUACCAAAAAAUGAUGAUAAGGAAAAGAAGAUUGUAAUAAAAAAUCCAAGUGUAUCUCAUUUAGUACAACCAAGUGAAGAUUUGCAAUUGUCAAUUAAAGAAGCUAAAUCUCAGAUACGAGCAGUCAUGCAAAUAAAUAAGGAAAAAUCCAUUAUUUAA